AUGACGUAGCCCCCUAUUUCAAGACGGAACCAGGUUUGCCUCAGACUCAUCUAGAAGGAAACCGCCUUGUUCUCACUUGCUUGGCAGAAGGAAGUUGGCCUUUGGAAUUUAAAUGGCUGCAUAAUGAUAUGGAAACUACAGCCUUCUCCAGGGAAUAUAAAUAUGUUAUUCCGUCCUUGAAAAAAUCUGAUGGUGGUUUUUAUCAGUGUGUUGUGAGGAACAGAAUGGGGGCUCUCUUGCAAAGAAAAUCAGAAGUUCAAGUGGCAUACAUGGAAAGUUUCCAGAAUGGGAACCAGUGGAAAACCGUAGCUGAAGGGCAAGCAGCUGUCCUAAACUUCCCCCGCAUCACCAGCUACCCCAAGCCGCAAGUGACUUGGUUUAGAGAUGGGCACAAGAUUAUACCAAGCAGCAGAAU